GCUGUAAUCAUUGUAAACAAGUGAAUAAUAAUAAUAGUGCAAUUUCAGCAUGUUUCAUACAGAGAAAACGUUGUACGUGAUUCCAGUAUGCUUUUUACUACUCAAUAGUGCUUACUGCCUCUUCCCUAUCACGCCAUUCAAAGAAUCUUUAAGUACGGCAAUGCUUCCGAACGAAAGGAUAUCGCUCGAUGACUGCCACUUGCGUUACUACAGAUAUGCGAAACUCAGUUCGUCAGCCCCUGCUUUUGCCAACCCAACUUACUUGAAAGAAUUUGCCCACAUGGCAGCCAUCGGCUGGACACAGCCGGACGGUACCAUCAGUUGGAAAUGUGGAGGAUCACUAAUCUGGGAAAACUACGUGCUGACUGCGGCUCACUGUUCGCUCAAUAAUGGAGUAGCACCGGAUGUGGCUCGCUUCGGAGAUAUGGACAUCUUUAGCGACGAGGAUGACCAAUUCGCCCAGCAGUUGAAGAUUGUUCAAAUAUUUAGGCAUCCCGAUUAUAAUUUUUCUCUCUCCUAUAACGACAUUGCCCUUUUAAAGCUGGAGAAAAAUGUCACAUUGCAUGAAACGGUUACGCCAGCAUGCCUUUGGAUUGACGAUGAAGUUCGCUUUGAUGCACUGGAAGCUACUGGAUGGGGAGAUACUGGGUUUGCACAAAAUCGAACUCCAUCGCUGCUGAAAGUAAAACUGAAACCAACCGCAAAUAAGAAAUGCAGUGAAUUUUACGGUACCAACAACCGCCAGUUGAGGGAUGGUCUCAAGGAAACCCAACUAUGCGCAGGAGAUGAGCUCAUGGAUACCUGUCCUGGUGACUCCGGAGGGCCUCUACAGAUCAAAUUGCUUCACAACGGGAAAGUGUCUCCCUUUCUUGUCGGCAUAACUUCGUUCGGUGCAGCCUGUGGAACGGCAACCCCGGGGGUCUAUACGAGGGUUUCGGCUUACUACCAGUGGAUUCUGCAGACGAUGCAAAAUCAGGAGAGCAAUGUUUUCUAUUGGAGCCUGGAACCGAUCACUUGUGCCCUUCGAUACGCCUAUUUAAGGGAGUACGAGGACGACAUGAUUAUCGGACGACAAGAGGGCAACAUUAUCGUAGAUAGCACAAAAGCGCACAUGCGCUUUGCUGGAAGCGACUUACAACAUAAGCUUACUGUAGGAUGGAAGGAUGGUCGCAUACGCAGGGAAAAUUGCAGUGCAACACUUAUUGCCGAUAACACUGCACUCACUCUGGCGGAAUGUACAUCACACUACGGCGUUGCUCCUUCGCACGUGGUUUUCGACUGGUAUAGAGAAAAUUUCGACAUUGCAGAAAUAAUUGUACACCCGGAAUACAGAGAAAAUUCCCUUUACAAUAACAUUGCGGUACUUAAACUAAAGGAUCGAGUGCAAUUUUCCGAACGGGUGACUCCGGCCUGCAUAUGGCAUUCACGGGAAAUACCCGACCCGCAGGUUGAAGUGGCGGGUAUCGGUCGUAUCGACGUUAACAAAUUUCCUUACGAAAAUUUUGAAGCAUUUGAGCCAAUGACGCGGCCACUCAUGCCUAGAUUAAGUGUAAAUACCCCUCAAAAUUGUACGAUUCCUGAGGAAUUUCGUUCGCGCCUAACGAAGGGUCUAGCACCGGAGCAUCUCUGCGUUGGAGAUCGGUUAUUUUUGGUACCCGAAUCAUGUGCACUACUCUACGGUGCCCCAAUUCAACGACAAAUCUAUAGAAAUGAUCGUAUCUUUAACUACGCGUAUGGUUUAAACACUUUUGGCAGAGAUUGUGGUUUUGGUGAGGCAGCCGUAGCUACCAGAUUAGCCAGCCACGUGGAUUGGCUUAAAACGGUUCUGCUUCCCAACUCUCAUGGUGGACAAUCUGCAGUGCAAUUCGUUAAUCCAGAUUGGAAGGAAGGCGAGAGCUGCGAUUUUGACUACGAUGAUGAACUGCCGGGAAUUUGCACCCAUUAUACGAAAUGUUCAAAGGUAUGGAAUGAUUUUAAGGACAAUCGACGAGUAAGUUUUUGUUCUUCUGCACAAGUGAUUUGUUGCCCUCGAAAGUUUGUGGAAAAUAAAUUUACUCCAGAACGAAAAGAUGAAUUAGACACUUGUCGAGCAGAUUACCAACAAUUUUACCCUGAAUCGUCCAAUCUUGGUAACUCCAAAGGAUUUGCACAUAUGAUAACCAUAACGUGGAAGGAGUCGCAAACCGUUCGCUGCCUGGCAUCACUAAUUACUAAACGCACUGCAGUGACUUCAGCUAGUUGCGCACUUUUGUUGCCCAACAAACCAGUUUUGGCCACAUUAGCAAAUAAUGAUUCCGUCGCCAUAGAGCAAAUUAUUACCCAUCCAGAUUAUAGCAAUAAUGAUCAAUCAAAUGAUAUUGCGCUUAUCAAAUUGAUCAACGAAAUAACACCAAGUGCAUCGGUAUUUCCAGCAUGUGUAUGGACCAACCUUACCCACACCCCAUUUUAUCUGAGACUGAUAGAAGCAGGAAAAAUCGAAGCGAUUGAUAAGCAAACAACGCCUAUGUAUAACACCGACUGUCAGCUCGAUUAUGAAAGCCGAAUUACACCGGAUCGUUUAUGCGUCGAGGAUGUCGACCUAAGCGUCAACAAUACCUGCUACAAUGAGGGUGAUCAGUUAGUUUGGGUUAGCCUCGAUAAUCCUUCGAUUGAAAAUACUCUCGUGACGCCUUACGUAGUAGGUUUCUACAGCUACGGCGAGUUGUGUGAGCAAGCUAAUCCGGCUGUCUUCACUAGGAUCUCAUCCUAUGUAGAUUGGAUAAGAAAGAAGAAAUGCGAUCAGAAUGGAGGUUCUCUUAGUGAUCAGGAUCACAAGCGUAUCGUGGAAACGUUUAAGGAGAAUUCCAAUACUUCAGUCAGGGAGGUGACCAAAAAUUUGAAUCUGUCCAAGUCUUUCGUUCAGAGGGCCAAGGAACAAGACGGGCUGGUUACGUUCAAAGUGCAAAAAGCUCUAAAUUAUGACGAACGGCAAAAUACGGUUGGAAAGUCACCGGCCCGGAAACUGUACACCCAGAUGCUGACGAAGCCUCAUUAUCUCAUCAUGGAUCAGGAUGAUGAGACUUAUGUCAAGGCGAACUUGCGACAGCUUCCGGGGCUACUGUUUUUCACCGCUCAGCACAAGUUUGGUGUCCCGGAGAAAUUUGAUAUUGCUUUUAUAUUAUUUGGCUCUUCGCUCCUGCUCGGGUACUCGAGGACAUGUACCCCACAGAAAGCACCGCAACUAAGGCCCAUCAAAAACUAUUGGGCUAUUAUGGAGCAGGCACUACCGUCAAUCAGUAUGUCACAAAUGGAAAAAUUAGUGCAUUUAGUGCUACUAUUUAUUUUGCUAGUCACUAGUGCACAUUGCCUCUUCCCUAUUAACAAUCCAUUCAAAGAAUCUCUCAACGACGCAAUGCUUCCGAAUGACCGAACAUCACUCGAUGACUGUCAUUUAAGAUACUAUAGAUACGGUGGAUCCAGUUUAGCCUCGUCAGCUUUUGUUAGCCGACCAUACCUGAAAGAAUUCGCCCACGUGGCAGCCAUCGGAUGGACACAGCCGAACGGUACCAUCAGCUGGAAAUGCGAAGGGUCUCUAAUCUGGGAGAACUAUGUGCUGACUGCGGCUCACUGCACGCUCGAUAAUGGACAACCUCCGGAUGUCGCUCGUUUUGGAGACAUUAACAUCUUCAGUGACGAGGAUGACCAGUUCGCUCAGCAGCUGAAGAUCGUUCAAGUGAUUAGGCAUCCCGACUACAAGUUUUCGCUUCCUUACAACGAUAUUGCCCUCUUGAAAUUAGAGAAAAAUGUCACAUUACACGAAACAGUUUCACCGGCAUGCCUUUGGGUUGACAAUGAUGUUCGUUUCGAUGCACUAGAAGCUAUUGGAUGGGAACACACUGGAUUUGCCCAAGAACGAACUCCUUCGCUGCUAAAAGUGACACUAAAACCAGCCACUAACUGUAGUGAAUUUUACGACACCAAAAACCCUCCACUAGAAGAUGGCCUCAUGGAAACCCAACUAUGCGCAGGAAAUGAGACCUUAGACGCUUGUCCCGGUAACUCCGGAGGGCCUCUGCAGAUAAAAUUGCUUCACAAUGCGAAAAUGUCGCCAUUUCUCGUCGGUGUAGCUUCAAGCGGUGUCGCUUGCGGAUCGGCAACACCUGGGAUCUACACGAGGGUUUCGGCUUUCUACCAGUGGAUCCUAAAAACAAUGCAAAGUCAGGAGAGCAACGUUUUCGGUGAGAUAUAGCCGUAACUAUUCCUGGAACCAAUCAGUUGUGCCCUUCGAUACGUUCAUUUAAGGGAGUACGAAGACGACGUGAUUCUCGGACGAUCCGAAAACUUCCUUAGUCUUACUUACUCAAAGGCGCACAUUCGAUCUGCUUGGAAGGACUUACGACAUAAGGUUAAUGUUGGAUGGAAGAAUGAACACAGAGAAAAUUGUAGUGCAACCCUAAUUUCCAAUGACAUUGCACUCACAGUAGCAGAGUGUACAUCACACAAUGGCGUUGCUCCAUCACACGUGAUUGUUAACUCGUAUGAACAAAAUUUCACCAUCGCCGAGAUAAUUGUACACCCGGAAUACAGAGAAAAUUCCCUAUACAAUAACAUUGCGGUUCUUAAACUUAAAGAUCGGAUCGUUCCUCGAAAUCUGUUCAUGCGUCUCCAGGUAACUCGUUUCCAUAUUCGCCGAAACAAUAUGCACAAGUGCGAAAUUCUCAGGAUGUAA